UCUACCUCUCUCUCUCUCUCAUUAGUUCGUUGUUAUCUAAGUUUGUAAAAUCUCCAUCUCUCUAGACUUUCUCUCUCUAUAUCUAUAUCUCAACACAUAUACAUACAGAUAAAUGUAUAUACACGCGUUGCUAGCAAAAUCAAAACCCUAGAAGUCCCUCGAUUGCGAUCGGACAAAGUUGGAAUCGAAAUCGAUGAUCGACAUUAUCGAUCGGCGCUUUGAUCUGAGAUAAUUGGACUGGAGUCUCGAGGUUUUUUAUUGAUCGAAUCGAGAUAGAGAGAUGUAUAAGAACCAGCUGCAGGAGCUGGCGCAGAGGAGCUGCUUUAAUUUGCCGUCGUACAUAAGUAUAAGAGAAGGUCCAGAUCACGCGCCACGGUUCAAGGCCACGGUUAACUUUAACGGCGAGACGUAUGAGAGCCCUAACUACUGCACCACGUUGAGGCAGGCGGAGCACUCGGCCGCUGAGGUGGCUUUAAAUGCACUCGCUAGCCGUGGUCCGUCUAAUUCUUUGGCUGCUCGAAUACUGGAUGAGACAGGGGUGUACAAGAACCUUUUGCAAGAGGUUUCACAAAGAGUAGGGGCAUCAUUACCAACAUAUACAACUUUUAGGUCAGGCCUUGGGCAUUUACCCGUCUUCACAUGCACUGUAGAAUUAGCUGGCUGUACAUUUACAGGUGAACCAGCCAAGAAUAAGAAACAAGCUGAAAAGAAUGCUGCCAUGUCAGCUUGGUCAUCUCUCAAACUUUUGACUCAGCAAACAGAAAGUUCACCGAUGCAAAAAGGGAUGCUGGAGGAGCAGGAGCAUGUGAUUGUAGCUCGUGCUUUACAGAAAUUCAGAUUAAAGGCAAGAAUGUCGAAUAUACCCUUUCCUAUCCAGUUCCCAUCACCAAAUCCAAAGCCAAACACUUCACAGUCACCACCAUCCACAACAUCAAAAAUACUUCCUUUAAUAUGUCCAAAAACAACCCCUCGAAGUAGGCCCCAUCUCACCACAUUGUUAGAUAACGAUGAAGCUUCCAACAAAACACCGCCUCAAAACAACAACAGAAACGAAAAGCAGUCUCCCCGACCCCACAAGUUUCCGGCGGUCGGAGCUGCACCGUAUAUCCCUGUGCGGCACUUCCGGGGGAUUGCACCGCCGGUCACCAUACGGAAUGCGAUUCCGGUGUUCUCCGCUCCUCCGCUUCCUGUUCCACCACCGCAUAUUGGUAUACCGCAGGCUAAUCAGCUUCCGCCGCAGUUCAGGGGGAUGCCGCCAAUGUGCGGUGGUGUAGCACCUCCGGUGACCAUAAGACAGGCGGUGCCGGUUUAUUCUUCCCCCAACAUCCCUAAAACCCCUAUCACCUCGAUGCCAGAGAAAGGGCAUGCAACACCUAUUCCUGAAGAUUCAAAGCCUUGUAUGAAGCCGAAGCCGAUUUCCACCUCAGCAAUAUGUGUGACACAGAAGGAAGAAGAGGGUAAAUUUGAACAAGUGAAAGUGGAAGAGAAGUUGAAGGAGUUGCACGUUUGAAUGUUUGAUGUGAGGUGAAAACGAGGCUUUUGUUGUGCAAAAUCUAUUAUGUAGGUUUAUGGCUACGGUUGCUUUAUAUACAUAUAUAUAUUUUGGUGGUGGAAACUGGAUAGACAUUUUACUGAUGAGAGACACGGAGGUUGUUGCAGUUGGCCUCUUGGAGUCGUAUUUUUGGGGUGGGGUUUGUUUAAUGGUUAGUAGGUUGGAAAGAUGGGGGGUGGUGGUUGUGGGUUUUGGGUUUUGGAAGGAAGUUGUGGGUAGAAUCUGGAAACAAAAUUGUUGUAUAAUUUUACAAUUUGGUUCGCCUUGGCCACUCGGAUUUAUUGUCUACUUGUGUUGGACUUGCGUUUGAAAGGUACAAAGUUAUAAGCUAUAUAUUAAUAUCGUUUGUUUUGGGUUUCCA